AGGUUCAUGUGACAGUAUUUAGUGUUGUGACGGAGCAGCACACGAGGCGAUAUUAUUAAGAAACGAAGCCAUUUAUGUAGUUAGAAAUAAAACGUGGGAGUUCCGCUUCCUUUGAGCAAGCGAUAUGGGCAAGUUGAAGGGGAAGCCAUUGCUUUCAAAACAAAAUGGUCAAAUGAAGAUUUCCUCAUUUUUCUCAGCAACUACAGCACCAACUAAAGAUAGUAAUCAUUUGAGAGUUUGUGAUUCAUUGAGAACAAAGGUCAUUUGUCAUGGAAAAGAUGGAAGUAGUUCUACUAAGUUUACAACUAAGGAUAUAUCUUAUAAAACAGAAAAUUCAAGUGCGUUGUACUCCAAGUCAACAGUCACAUGUUCGGAAAAUGAAGAUUGUAAAAUAAUGGAGCAGAAAUCCAGUAUAGUCUCAGAUAAAAUAGAAUCUCCUAUAAAAGAUGACAGAAAUUGCCUUGAUUCUUCUGUUGAUUCAGACCUUGAUAUUAUUGAAUGUACUCCAGAGGUAAAAAAAUGUAACAUAAGUAUAAUUUCAUGUAGGAAUAUCACAAGGAGUCCAGAUAUCAUUCCUGCAACUCCUGACGCAUAUAACAAAUGUAACUUAACCAAUAGUAGUUUAUGUUCCAAAUCCGACUUAAGUGUUAAGCACAAAAUAGAUUCCACUGCCUUGCGGUCUCAUAAAUCCUCUAAUAUAUCUAAAUUAUCAGUCAUCAAGCCUGGGUCUUUGUCAAUGAAGAAGAAAGUAAAUAUAAGUUUAUUAUCUAAAAAAAUUUCAGAAAAAUCUAAGAUUUCAUACGCAUUUGAUGAAUCUAAAAUGAAGUUAAGCAGGAAUUCAUUGUCAGUGAAAAGACCUGCAAUUACUGGAGCAGGUGUUUCUCCAGAUUCCAAAAGAGUCAAUGGUUCAGAAUGUGUGGUAGGAGAUGAGGAAAUUAGCAGUUGCAAAUUGAAUCUACGUGGGAAAUUUAACAGCUGUUCUCCAGUAAAUGAUCGAGAUUCCAUCAUGCUUCAGCUUGGAGAGAUCGAUGGAAGCAUUAGUAUGUUGAAACCUGAUACAAACUCUCAAGAAAAGAUAAAAGAUAUAAAUAUAAAAUUUUGUAAUCAAUUACCGAAAAAACAUUUGCAAGUAUCAGACAAAGAUAUUUUGAGGGAUCAAAAGGGUGAACCAUGUACUGGUACAGGAAAACCAUCUUUGGAAAUUAAGGAAGAAGCUUUUUCCAUGUUAUCUCAGAUUCAAGAAAAUACAGAAGAUGCAUUCAGAAGUAACGAGGAAAACAUGAAUCAGGAAAAUGUGACAAGAUCCUUAGAAAGAAAUUCCAUUCCGUUUGGGGAUGAGUCUUCUCAAGGCUUUACUGUUGAUAAGUCAGUUGAAGACAAUCUCGUGUUGGAUGAAGUGUCUUCCAAGACAAAAAUAUCAGAUAUUUUUGAGGAUACUUUUCAUGACAUGUUUGAUGAUGACUUAGCUGAGGAUUUUGAAAAGAUGUCUCCAUUUAAACAGCAAAUUAAAGAAAACAAGGCAUUAGAAAUUCAAAAUAAGCAAGUGAAAAAACUUCUCAAUGAAGGCCUGGGCAAGGAUUCUUAUGUCUCGCAGGGAAACUUUGGACGUCAUAUAGUAACUGCAGUGGAGCGGGACUCUUAUAAGGGGGAGCUUCUGCUUCAGCUUACUUCUGUCCAAGACAAGAGUGUCAAAACAUGUACACUUAGUGGAUUUUGGUCACAAAGUGUGGUUUCGGAAGGAGAUAUUGUACACAUUCUCUUUGCAAAUCCUGUUGAUGGACAUUUUACUGUUGACAAUUCUAAGGGCCUCAUCGUGAUCAACCCAGACUUCCUUAUCUCUGGAACCUCUGUUGUGUCGGCUGUUUUCUGUCGUCGUAAGGCUGUCUUGAAUGAACGCUUCAAAGGCAUGGACUCAAGUAACCAGUUGAUGCUUAUUGGAUCUCUGGUGCAUCAACUUUUCCAAGAGGUAGUUAAAAACAAGAUUAAGACCCAUGCUGAACUUGACAAAGUAAUGCGAGAAUUGAUGUCACAACCGAAGAUUCUACGGGAUCUGUAUGGUAUUGGGGUACCAGAGGCAACUAUUUAUGAAGAAAUGAUUAAUUUUAUACCUCGUAUACAUGCUUGGUCACAAGUAUACCUCGAUUCAAAUCAUACAUCUUUAGACAAAGUGCAAGAAAAGGAACAAAGAAGAAAUCAGUGGAAUGGAAAGAUAGUGGAGAUCCAGGACAUUGAAGAGAAUAUUUGGUCACCAAAAUAUGGUGUGAAAGGCAAAAUUGAUUUAACUGUGAAGACAAGUCAGUGUGGUGUGUCUAAGGUGAUACCUCUCGAGUUGAAAACAGGACGGUCGAGCUUCUCUGCUGAACACCGUGGACAAGUUACUCUGUACAGCAUGAUGAGUGGUGACAGGAGACAAGAUCCAAAAGCAGGAUUACUAUUAUACCUUAAGGAUGGUGCAAUGGAAGAAGUUCCAGCUGGAGAUAACGAGAAAAGAGGGCUCAUCCAGCUUCGCAAUGAUAUUAUCCAUUAUAUAACUGCCAAGCCUGUAUUGCAGGAGGGAAACUUGCCUCAAAUGUUGCCGCCUCUUCCUGAGCCAAUAGAUUUUGAAAGAGCUUGUACAAAGUGUGCCCACCUGGUGACUUGCUCAAUAUAUCAAAAGAUCGACAGAAAUCCAGUUCCAGAGCCUCCACAUGCCAUGGCCACACUUGUUCCUAAUACCACAGAUCAUUUGCUAAAGACACACUUGGACUAUUUUCGUCACUGGUGCCUGCUGUUGCACUUGGAAAUUUCUGAUGGAAAAAAACAUUCUAAUGUGAGAGGGCUUUGGUGCCAGGAUCCCAUUAAGAGAGAAUCUAGUGGAGAUUGUUUGUCCUGGCUUGUUUUGGUAAAAACAAUUCCUGUAAUUGAGACGGUGCCAGGCCAGUUUCUUCAUGCCUUCACAAGGUCUUCCACUCAUCCUAACCCUACCAAACUAGCAUCUGUUGGCUUGCAGGUUGCUGAUAACAUUGUUGUGUCAUCAGAGACAGAGAUUGCUCUGAGCUUAGGAGUAAUAGCUUCUUUUGAAGAAGAUUCGGUCAGAGUUGUUAUGGACAGAGACUUAACAUUAUACUCCAACUGGAAUAAAAAGAAAUUUCAUGUGGAUCGGUGUGAAUACCAGAAUACAAUGAGCAUCAACUUCACUAAUUUAGCCAAGCUACUGAUGGACACACCACAGGCAGCUCGCCUCAGGGCUCUUGUGAUUGACAGAAAUCGUCCAUCUUUCAAGAAAGGGCUUUCACCAGAAGUUGUGUCCAAGGGUAAACACAUACUUAAAAGCCUGAAUAAGAUACAACAACGAGCAGUGCUCAGAACCCUCAUGGCUGAGAGCUAUAGCUUGCUGAAGGGAUACCCAGGAACAGGCAAAACCUCCAUCAUAGUUGCCAUGGUUCAGCUGAUGGUAACGUUGGGGUUGUCUGUACUCCUCACCAGCUACACUCACUCUGCUGUGGAUAAUAUUUUAUUGAAACUGAAAGUGUGUAAUGUGGAUUUUCUCCGUCUUGGACGAUUAUCACGUAUUCAUCCAGAUUUACAGUCAUAUGCUGAUGAAAUAGUAACCUGCAAAUUUAAAAAUGUCUCAUCUUUUUCAGAAUUUUACGCAAAUAAGCUUGUUGUUGCUACAACAUGCUUGGGUAUCAACCAUGUGCUGUUUUCCAAACGAACCUUCGAUUUUUGCAUUAUUGAUGAAGCUUCACAGGUUCUUCAAGCUGCAGCACUAGGACCACUUUUCCAUGCCUCUCGCUUCAUAUUAGUCGGGGACCCACAGCAACUGCCACCAGUUGUCCAGAGUAAAGAAGCCAGAAAUUUGGGAAUGUCUGAGUCCCUAUUUAUGCUCUUGGACUCUCAAGGAGCAACAUCAAAUCUGACUGUACAAUAUCGUAUGAAUGGACCCAUAAUGAGGAUUGCCAACUGCCUUAUGUAUGAUAAUCAGUUGCAGUGUGCCAGUCCUGACCUGGAGACUGCCACAGUUCAUCUACCAAAUUACAGAGGUGUUGUAAGCAGUGGAAGAUUAGAAUGCUGGCAGGAAAAAGUGUUAGAGCCGAGCUUAGAACACUCAGUGAUGUUCUUGGACACCUGUGGAGCUGCCAGCGAAAGCCAAAAUGGCUCCAAUGUGGUCAACAAUAAAGAAGCAGCUGUAGUGGUAGCUUUAAUUCAGGCUCUUACUAAUGCUGGCUUAACUACAGAGGGUGUUGGGGUAAUAACACCAUACCGUGCUCAGGUAAAACAGAUUCGUGACUGCGUGAUAAAAGAAGUUACUAUGGGCGAGAGGGUAGAAGUCAACACAGUGGACCAGUAUCAAGGACGAGAUAAGGAUGUCAUAUUGUACAGCUGUGUGCGCUCUGGUGCUGCCCAGUUGGAUGUUAGUGAGAUUCUUCAAGAUGACCGGCGUCUCAAUGUGGCUGUCACAAGAGCCAAGUACAAACUCAUCAUGGUUGGUGAUAUAGCUAGCCUGCAAGUGUAUGCACCUUUCAAAAAGCUUACAGCUAUUUUAGAACCUCAUCAGAUCUACCAACUUAAAGAUGGAGAAGAUGGCUUUGUAUGGCAGGAUCCUGUUUCACUAUAGUUCAUGGCAGAAAGUUGCAUAACGUUCAUGGUGAUAGGUUUUAUACUUUAAAAUUGUGUAAUCAUUGACAAGUUUAGAUAAAUGUUGUACAUGUUUAUUUUGUAUAUAGUCUUUGGUUGCAAAAUACUAAUAUAGCCACAAAAGAAUACUUUUGACAUAGUAUUAGGCCACAAGAUCUUAAUUAAUCCAUAAAAUGUUUAAUCUGUGAUAACUUGGCAUGAUAUUUAAUAAAAUAUAAGUAAGGCAUUCAUAUAUGAGAGUGGGAAUUGAUAUGAAGGAGAGUUUGAGGAGGCAGGAUAAUUAUGCACCUCUCAAAUAUCAAGAUGUGCAACAUGUCAACAUGGAGAAGACCAUCAUGAACAUGUGGGAAGUAAAAGCUUAAGACAUUUUUAAGAGCUUAACCAACAACACUCGCCCCUUGCUCUUCCUCCCCCAUCCUUCACUCUCCCAUUCCCCUUUCCCUCACUCUCCCCUUCCCCUUUCCCUCACUCCCCUUCCCUUACACCCCCUUUGCACCCUCCUUCUCUCGCAUCCCCCUUCCAUUCCCCCCCCCCCUUUCCCUCGCUCCCACCUUCCCUCAUUUUCCUCUUCCUUUACUCCCACCUUUCCUUCCCUUCCACCUUCCCCUCACCUUUCCUUUCCCCCCUUUCCAACCUUUUCUCUACAAACAAUUCUCAGAGAAUGCAGUUUCAGAGAUAUUUACUUUCACUGACACUUGACAUACUGGCUCACUGCUUUCUUAUAAUUGUAUCCACUGUUGACCAAAAAAUGAACAUUCAUUGUUUGCUGUUAAGCUAAAAAAAAUAUUUACUAGAUUACUAUGGAUCAGAGUUAAUGCUUCACUAAAUGUUAGCAAUCUGAACCUUCAUUUUUUUUUAUUUUAACAAACAAAUUUGUUACAACUGCUGGACCCAUAAGAAGGGAAGGCAUGAAUGUUCAGAAACAUGAUUUUCAAUUUUUUUAUUUUAUAUAAUAAUUUUAUGAGUAUAUAAUGGAUUUCUUUGCAGCAUUCAUCAGUCCAAUUAAUAGACUAGGCUGUAACAAAUUGAAUGAGACAGUGCAUGUAUAUUUAAAUAUGUAUUUUAUUAUUAAUAAAAUGUUCUUAUAU